GUCACAGCCAGGCGGAGCUGCGGGCUGAGCAGGGAGCUCGCCGAGGGGGCCCGGAGCCCGCUGCCCGCAGCUGGCCGGGAGUUCUCGGCUGCGCCAUGCCGCUGUGGGGCGCCGCCCUCGGGGUGUUCCUGGCUGCGCUAGCCUUGCUCCUCCUGCUCGCCCCUAGACUCCUGCACUUCGUCAGAGCGAGGACCCAGCUCAGGACCCUGGGCCAGCACGUUGAAGUGGACGCCAGAGGCCCCGCGGAUCAGUUCAGCGACGGGCGAGAGUCGCUGCCGGGUGGUUGCAGCCUCCUCUGUAAGCCGUCGGCGCUGGCCCAGUGCUUGCUGCGCGCACUGCGGCGCUCCGCAGCGCUGAAGCCUGAACCACGCCCCUGGCUCUCAGGGCCUCACCUGCAGACCCUCUGCCACUUCGUCCUGCCCGUCGGGCCGGGGCCUGAGCUGGCCCGGGAGUACCUGCAGUUGGCAGAUGAUGGGUUGGUAGCCCUGGACUGGGUGGUAGGACCUUGCUCCCGGGGUCGCAGGGUCACCGGUGCGGGGAGCCUCCCUGGGGUGCUCCUGGUGAUCCCCAACGCGUGGGGGCGCCUCACCCGCAACGUUCUUGGCCUCUGUCUGCUUGCCCUGGAGCGUGGCUACUACCCUGUCAUCUUCCACCGCCGUGGCCACCACGGCUGCCCACUGGUCAGCCCUCGACUGCAGCCUUUUGGGGACCCGUCAGACCUUAAAGAAGCGGUCACCUAUAUUCGCUUCCGACACCCUGCGGCCCCGCUCUUCGCCGUGAGCGAGGGUUCUGGCUCUGCACUGUUGCUGUCCUACCUAGGCGAGUGCGGGUCCUCCAGUUACAUGACAGGCGCCGCCUGCAUCUCACCUGUGCUGCGCUGCCGGGAGUGGUUUGAGGCCGGCUUGCCCUGGCCUUACGAGCGCGGCUUCCUGAUGUACCAGAAGAUCACCCUCAGCAGGUAUGCCACAGCCCUGGAGGACACAGUGGAUACCUGCAAGCUGUUCAAGAGCCGCUCCCUGAGAGAGUUUGAGGAGACCCUCUUCUGCCACACCAAGAGUUUCCCCAUCAGCUGGGACACAUACUGGGAUCGCAAUGACCCCCUCCGGGAUGUGGAUGAGGCAGCUGUGCCCGUGCUGUGCAUCUGCAGCGCUGAUGACCCCGUGUGUGGCCCACCGGACCAUACUCUGCCUGCUGAGCUCUUCCACAGCAACCCUUACUUCUUUCUGCUACUCAGUCGCCACGGAGGCCACUGUGGCUUUUUGCGCCAGGAGCCCUUGCCAGCCUGGAGCCAUGAGGUCAUCUUAGAGUCCUUCCGAGCCUUGACUGAGUUCUUCCACAUGGAAGAGAGGAUGAAAGGGCUGAGCAGGCACCGGACCCCAUUCUUAGGGGGCCGUCGCCGUUGGGGAACCCUGCAGAAGCGUGAGGUCUCACCCUCUCCCAAUCUGGAGGAGAUAUUUAGCUGGAAGCGAUCAUAUACAAGGUGAGACUUUAGUCUUUUAGGCAUAUGGAGCCCCAAAAAGAUGGUAGGGACUGGAUGGGGGCAGCUUCAGAGCCUUUGCUUCAGAUUCUGUUCUUUCUCUAACUGGUCUGUGGAAAGAGAUAGAUCUACCUGCAAACCUACUCUCCGCAGCUGAGUGGAACUCCCACGGGGCUCUAUCAGAUACAUUCCUGCUCAUCCUAGUUAUCCCUGAUGUCUCCUGCCAACAACUUCAUAAGCCAAAGAAUAAGACCUUCUAAAUCCACGGACUCAGGAGAAAAUGCUUUCUUCCUAGCCAUAACUACAGGGAAGAGGAGUUUAUGCGUGUCAUUUGGCUGUUCUGCCCCACAUAAAUAAUCACUGCAACAACUGAUUCUUGAGCUGGAGCCACUUGAUGUAGAAAGGACAGGAUGUUUGUGUCUCAGUCCCACUUCCCCAUGUGCUCUGUGGUUGUGGCUCUGCUCUGACUCAAUGCAUCAGCAGCUGUGGACCCAGGCUCCUGGAGUUGCCUGAGUCUGAAAAGGCAGCAGAGCAGGAAGUACUGGGGCCAGCUUGACCAAGGCUGGUAAUGCCGAGAAGAGCAAACCUGGCCUUGGGCUCAGCGAUCCAUUCUCUAAGGGGAGCUUCUGGCAAUCUCAGCUGAGAAUGGGGCUGAUCUGGGACUCUAGCCUAGGCCCUCAAGCUUCUCUGGAGGGGCCCCAAGGGAUUUUAGGAAUAGGAAGUGCUCUUUCCCAGAGUCUAAGGACUCUGUUAGAUACUGACUCAAGUACCCAGUUUCUCAAGUAUGUAUUCCCUUUCAAAUUCCAUUUCUCAGUAUUCCUCCAGAGAAGCCUAUCGAGAGCUAUUUAUUUCUUUUCAUUCCCCUGAAAUGUGUGUUUUUUCUAAGUCAUUAAAAGUAUAGAUGGGGCCGGGAAGAUGGCUCAGUAGAAUAAGCGCUUCCCUGGCAAGUGCAAGGGCCUGAGUUCAAUUCCUGGUUCCGCAAAAAAAAAAAAGUAUAGACCUCAUAACUCAGAGUUUCUUGUUAGUUACUCCCUUUUCUGAUGCCCCCAGCCUCUCCCUUUGUAGAGUCAGGACAGACAUCUGGGACCAGAGGAAACAAAACACCAAAAGUUUGCUCACUCUGAUUUAUAAAUGUUUCACAUUACCAUGCUUUGCCCAGCUAUUCAAAAGGCCAUCCAUGUAAAGGCAGAAAAAUCUGGAUCUGACCACUCAGGGACUAAGUGGGUAUUUGGUUCUAUGAGAAUAACACUGAAAACAAAAGCAAAAUAAGGUCUAGGGUACAUAUUGGUCUAUAUAUCCUGGUUUGGAUUGAACUGUUACUAUUAUUUGAUGAGAGAUCUGGUUCUAUAUUAAAAAUUUUAGUAAGGCUUGCCCUAGGACUGCAGAGCUAGCUUAGUGGCAUAAGCACCUGAAUGACAAGCACAAAGUCCUAAGUUUGUUCCCCAGUAUUUACCAAAAAAAA